GAUUGCAAACUACCGGGAGACUUUUGUUUUGCUUGUUUGUUUGUUGUUUGUAGCUUCAACUUCUGAUUCUAUUUCGAUUUCAGUAUGACCGAGCAAUUGGACACCGCGGACAUCACCGCCCUCAAUGCAUUGGCUGCCGGUACCAACAAAAAGACUCCCAGAAUCGUGGCUGCUGGGUUGGGAGGCAGAUUGAUGGGUACCGCCGAAAUGGUCAAAGUGACUGCCGAACAGAUCACAGAGGACUCCUUGGAAUCCUUGGCCGACAAGGACGCCCGUGAAAAGGCAAAGUAUGCCAAGACCAAGCACAUCUCCGAAUUGCCAUGGACUUUUGGAAACUUCUACAAGAAGAUCAACUGGUUGAACAUGAUUUUGGUCGUUGCCAUGCCAGCCUUCGGUACCUACCAGGCUGUCUUCUACCCUCCAGCUUUGAAGACCUUGAUUCUUGCCUUCGUGCUCUACCUCUUCUCUGGUCUUUCCAUCACAGCUGGCUACCAUCGUUUAUUUUCCCACAGAGCCUAUGACGCCGCCACUCCAGUCAAGCUCUUCUUUGCCUUCUUUGGUGCUGGUGCCGUCGAGGGUUCCAUCAAAUGGUGGGGCCACUCGCACAGAGUCCACCACAGAUACACCGAUACCGACAGAGACCCUUAUGAUGCCAGACAAGGUUUCUGGUACUCGCACAUGGGAUGGAUGUUGACCAAGGCUAACCCAAAGAACAGAGCUAGAGCCGACAUCUCUGACUUGUCCACCGACUGGAUCGUCACAUUCCAGCACCGUCACUACUUGUUGAUGAUGCUUGUCUCGGCCUUUGUAGUUCCUACCUUGACUGCUGGUCUCUUCUGGGGCGAUUACUGGGGUGGUUUCAUCUACGGAGGCAUUUUGAAGUCUUUCUUCAUCCAACAAGUUACUUUCUGUAUCAACUCUUUGGCCCACUGGAUCGGUGUUCAGCCAUUUGACGACAGAAGAACUCCAAGAGAUCACGCAUUGACUGCUGUGUUCACUUUCGGUGAAGGUUACCACAACUUCCACCACGAGUUCCCAUCUGACUACAGAAACGCUCUUAAGUGGUACCAAUACGAUCCUACCAAGAUCGUUAUCUGGGUCUUAUCCAAGCUUGGCCUUGCCUGGAACUUGAAGAAGUUCUCGCAGAACGCCAUUGAACAAGGUUUGGUUCAACAACAACAGAAGAAGUUGGACAGAAUGAAGGCCAAGCUCAACUGGGGUCUUUCCGUCGACGAGUUGCCAGUGUGGGACAGAGAAGAGUUCAACGCCAAGGCAAAAUCCGACGGUCUUAUCAUCAUCUCUGGUAUCAUCCACAAUGUCAAGAACUUCGUCAAGGAACACCCAGGUGGACAAGCUUUGGUCAGAGCUUCAUUGGGUAAGGAUGCCACUAAGGCUUUCAAUGGUGCUGUCUAUGCUCACUCCAACGCUGCUCACAACUUGUUGGCUUCGAUGAGAGUGGCCGUGAUAAGAGACGGAAACGUAAACGCCAACACUUUUGAUCUUCAACAACAGUUCUUGGACAAGGAAAAGCUUAACUAGACUAUACUAGCCAAGAUAGCACAUUAGAGAAUAGAGAAAGAUUUCAGGUAUGGUUGGUUAUAUUUAAGAAUUAUGGAGUAUGUCAUUGAAGAGUUUAUUGUUUGCGAGUUUGGUCCUUUUGUUUAUAUUCCUAUCCAUAGCUUCGUUUUAUAUUACCUUGUAUUUUUCAUUAUCAAAUCUACAAACAGCUCAAUAUUAUGACAACAAAAAAUAUUCGG